AUGGAAUAUUUGGACGAUGCAGUGGACGACAAUGAGGAUUCCGGUGCCAGCGUAUCCAAAACGAUACUCCAAGUCGAAGAGCAUAAUGCUGGCAGAGAUACCAGUCACUACUCGCUGGUUUCGAAUUGCAUUGUUGCAAAUGAGCCAGGCAUCAUCGUAAUACCUGACCAUCAAUGCGUCAAAUUGAAAUCCAUUUUAGAAGAUCUUUGCCACGAUUUAUUUGCCAAAAAGUUUUCAAUUGAAGCCGCUGCGAGGCAAUUAUUUCGGGCAGAAGAAGUGCAUGUGCUUGUGGACCGGUAUUUUCUUGAGCCUGCAAGCAUAAAGAAUUAUCUGAUGGAUAAGAGCUAUUGUAGAUCCGCAAUUUCAGGACUAUUUAAGUACUUGCAGCUGCACUUUUUAAAUUUUCUUAUCGAUCCGAUUACGUUUGCCGUCUGGCAGCAUCAAAAGAGGCUCUUUAUUGAUGCAAAAACCUCUUAUAAAUAUUCGUUGGACACAAGCUCAGAUCCGAUGAACAAAACAAACACGCUUUUCCAUCGUCUCAACCAUACAAAAACAAACUUGGGAGCAAUGUUGCUUAGACAGCACAUUUUGCAGCCAUUGAUAGACAAAGAGGAAAUACUGCAGAGAUUAAAUGGCGUUGAAGAGCUGGUGUCCAAUCAGGAGCAAUAUUACCGAUUGGGAAAUUCUCUCGCCAAACUGUCUAAAUUUGGCGUUGAAGUGCUGAGAAGAUGCACUUCUCUUACUAACUUCAAGCGGCUUUCUGAUAUUGAAUUCAGCAUCCAAUCGCUGAUCGACCUGACGUCGGCACUUGGAGAAUUAAAGAAUAUUUUGAGCAUAUUAAGUAGCCUCGGCUCCCCAAUAUUCGGUGCAGUCAAAAAGGUUUUCCAACGCUUUUUUUUGCUUUAG